AUGCCUGCCUCCGUCCAUCCUAGACGCGACUCCGCGGAGUCGAUUGACACCGACAUUAUAACGCUGUCGCGGUUCAUUUUAGAGAGCCAGCGCGCGAGCGCAAAGAACGCGACGGGCGAGUUCUCGCUGCUGCUGAAUUCGCUGCAAUUCGCGUUCAAAUUCAUCUCGCAGACGAUCCGGCGGGCAGAGCUGGUCAACCUCAUCGGGCUGGCAGGCGCGUCCAACGCCACAGGGGACCAGCAGAAAAAGCUGGACGUGCUCGGGGACGAGAUCUUCGUGAACGCGAUGCGCGCCAGCGGCAAUGUGCGCGUGCUAGUGUCUGAGGAGCAAGAGGAGCUGAUUGUGUUUCCCCACAACGCGGCUGCGUACGCGGUCUGCUGCGAUCCCAUCGACGGCUCUUCGAACAUCGAUGCCGGAGUCUCUGUCGGCACAAUUGUGUCGCUGUUUCGGCUGACGUCGGACUCGCGCGGUAGCGCCAGCGACGUGCUGCGCGGAGGCCGCGAAAUGGUGGCGGCUUGCUACGCUAUGUAUGGUGCCUCGACGCACCUCAUGCUGACCACCGGCUCGGGUGUGAAUGGAUUCACUCUGGACACUAACCUGGGGGAAUUUAUCCUCACGUACCCAGACCUCCGCAUGCCUAUCGAGCACCCCAUCUACUCGGUCAACGAGGGAAACUCCGUUUACUGGGACGAUCCGAUCCAGGAUUUUUUCCAGCGCCUGAAGAAGCCUCCUGCGGAUGAGAACUCCAAGCCAUACUCUUCCCGGUACAUUGGCUCGAUGGUCGCUGACGUUCACAGAACGCUACUCUACGGCGGGCUAUUUGCGUACCCUUGCGACCGCAAAAACAAGCAUGGUAAGCUAAGACUGCUGUACGAGGCAUUCCCCAUGGCGUUCCUUGUUGAGCAGGCUGGCGGAAAAGCCGUUAAUGACAGAGGGGAGCGUAUUUUGGACUUGACUCCGGAGCACAUCCACGACAAGUCAAGCAUCUGGUUGGGGAGCCGCGCCGACGUUGACAAGUAUUUGAAGCACAUUGGCAGUGCCAACUAA